AUGGCUGCGAUUUCCAGCGAGCCUGAAAGCAGCUCGGAGCGCACCGCGCGCAGGGAGGAACAAGGCAGGGCCAGCUGGGAGCUGUACCUGCGAAGGAGGAGCCUCAUCCAGCAGUUCCUGCGCUCCAGCCUGAGCCUCCACUACCUCCAGCAGCAGCAGGACAAGGUUCACCUGCUGAAGAGGUGUUCCUUUUACUUGGAUAUUGAGCCCAAACACGUGAACUUGAGAGACCAGAACCAUGCGACGCAUCGCACCGAGAUCCUGCAGCUCAUAGACCAGCAGCGGCUCCAGAGGACGCGGAAGGUGGGAAAAACCCAGACCAAAAUCCAGCUGUUGCUUCUAACGGAGCUGUUGGAACAGCUGCAACAAGGUUGGGAGGAGCUGAGCUUCUAUGUAAAGGCCUGUGACAUGCUAACUUUCCUCUCCCAGUGGGACACGAUUAGGCAGAAACUGUCCAAGCUCACCGGGUUUAUGGAAACUCUCCUUUCCUUGGAAUUUCCAGGGAAGAUCUGUGUCAAGCACAGCCUGGUGUCCCAUGCGGACCUUACAGGUACCAGACCCCCCAGCAUUAAGCUUUCCCUCUACACCAAGAUGCCAGUGGUUUUUGAUCGCAAAGAAUCUUUUGCACACAAGAACUGGGCCAGGCUCAAGUGGUUUACUGAGAACCGAGAGUCACAGCUGGAACAGUGCGAGCUGAGCUUUAACUUGCUGACAGUCGGGGUGGAAGUGGGACUCGGUAGGACCCACCAAGUCAGCUCCAACUCGUGCAUAGUCCCGGACCUGAAGCCUGGCAGGUCAUACGAGUUCACCAUCAGAAGAUCACCCGAACGUACGCUUGUGUUCGAAGAGUGGCACGACACCAUCAUUCUGACAACUUACACCGCAGCAGACAGGGAGAGCAGCACUUGUGCACCAGAAGGAUGA